AUGUCUACUCGAAUAUGGCAAGAUUUUUUUGUAUGCGAAGACGAGAAUGAGUUAUUAGCAAUCACCAAAGAAAAUAAUACAUGUAAAAAAUGUACAGAACAAUUUAAUUAUGGAUUAUGUCAUACAUAUAUUUGUUCAGAAUAUCGGAAAUAUCCACUAUGUAAAAUUCAAUUGAAAGCAAAACAGUCGUCUGAUGGUACGUAUCAAUUAUAUUUAUCAGGGUCUCAUGAUCAUCAACAGCGGAAUACAACAACUCGACUACCAUCACCAAUUCGAGAAGUUAUUAUUAGACUAUCAGACAACGGCUUAGUAACAUCUCAAAUUAAUAAAGUAAUGGAAGCGUUACAUCCAGAUUUGUCUAUUGAUACAAAAGUUAUGAAUGCUGCUCAUUUACAGCAAUGGUGUUUAUUACGUCAAAAUGUACCACCACCAGAUAAACAACACGACAUAUUUAUACCUUAUUAUGUCGCUAAUGAUGUGAAUGAUUUAUUUAUAUGUUUCACAACACGUCAGUUAUCAUCUGCAUGUAAAUAUUCAUCAGUAUUGGCUAUUGACUGCACUUACAAAAUAACAACAAAUGAAUUAUCAUUAUUAGUAUUUGGAACAUCUGAUUAUAAUCGUCGAUUUUAUCCAAUGGGUAUUUGUUUAAUAUCAACAGACGAAUCAGCGGAUACAUUUCGUACAUUAUUUCGUGUUAUUCAACAAUGGGCAUCAGUAGUUAAUAAUCAAGCCGACACAAUCUCACACGUUUUAGCUGAUGGAGCACCUGUCGAACAAGAUAUUUUUAGUAUGCAAUUAGUAUUUGACGGUCAAAUAUUUGCAAUAGCAUCACGUCUUAUGUUAUUAAAAUCGUCAACAGAUGCUGAAUUAAAUGAUUUUCGACAAUAUUUUGAACGAGAAUGGAUAUUAUCGUUACCGUAUUGGUAUGAAGGAGCUGCUUGUUUAGUACCAUCAACAAAUAAUGGGCUAGAAUCACUUAAUGGUAGAAUUAAAAAAGAUUACACAUUACGAAAUCGCGUUGCAUUAUCUGCAUUUUUAAAAACAGCCGAACGACUGCUAAUCGAUUGGUCAAAAGAUAGUGAAGAAAAACCAUUUCAGUUACAUAUUACGUAUAAAGAUGAUUUAAAAUUAAGUGCAUACACAUGGUUACAACAACAGGGAUAA